AUGGCUGGGGAACGUGAUGCUCGUGCGAAGGAGCGUGCUAUCCUGCGUAGGGAUCAAGUCAUCGCUCGAAUUCGCCAGAUACACUUAUUGGCCACAAGCUCAGCCACUGAUGAAGCUAGUAGAUCUCAACUAGCUGUGGCUAUUGUCGAUAUUGAUAGCUUGUGGGCCAGCUUUGUUAUUGAGAACAAUAAUCUUCUAGACAUACUUACCGAAUCGGAUUUGUUGGGGGAGUUUUCUGUGAACUUAGAAACUGAGACCCGUGCUUUGGUGGUAGAAGCUAAGGCCUUAUACAAGGCAUCUCAACCAACUCCAGCUUUUAAUGUCGGUACGGUUCAACAAGUGUCGUAUGAGGGUAUAAUUGACCAAGCAAGUUCUUCUGCUGGGGGGUCGUCCAAGGAUUGCUCAGUUCCCUAUCCUCCGUUGGCUGUGGCACCAAUGAGGUUGCCUGAAAUCCCUCUGCCUACUUUUGAUGGUGAAUGCCACAACUGGCCAGCCUUUAGGGACAUGUUCGUCAAUUUGGUGGCUAAUAACGAUAAGAUCCCGAAUGUUACCAAGUUCUAUUACCUGGUGGGGUGUCUGCAUGCUGAUCCGCAAGAAGUCAUCAAGGGAUUUUCGAUUUCAAAUGAGUCUUUUACUCUUGCCUGGGACGCAUUGAUCGAACGCUACGAUAAACCGCGCAGGUUAGCAUCGUCAAUAAUCGAUAAGUUAAUAUCCGCUCCCGCCUCGAAUUCUGAAAAUCUUGCAGUUCUGCAGACCUUUAUGUCGGUCUUUGACGAAAACAUCACGAUCCUGGAGUCGCUCCAGAUCCCGGAUCUAGCGUCGUUUCUGUUAUUUUCAUUGGCUGCUAGGUGUUUACCUACAUUCUCGAGACGUCUUUUCGAGGCUGAAAACAAUGAAGAAUAUCCGUCGAUACAGAGCGUGAUCAAGUUCGUUAAAACGAGAAUCCAGGUUCUUGAAAAUGCAGGUGUACAACCGGCAGGAAGCUCCUCCUCGAAGUCGGCCAAUAUCAAGAAAACUGGUUUCCGUCGGGAAUCGAAGACCGCAUUAGUAUCGACGCCCAAACCUUCGACUUCGAAGCAUUCCUCGACCAAACCUACUUCGGCGUCAUGUUACGUUUGUUCCGGUGCUCACCAACUAGCUGAUUGCGCGAAAUUUAAGGCUUGCUCGGUCGAUGAACGCUACAAGGUGGUGUGCACGCAUCGCCUUUGCAUGGUCUGUUUGAUUCACGGGCACAUGUCGUUUAAGUGUUCCUCUUCGUGCUCCAUAUGCAAGAGGCGCCAUCAUGCGCUACUACAUCGAGAUCAGGAACCGUCGAAACCCGCUCCUCCUGCUGCCAUGUUAGGCCGCCAAUAA